AUGGUGACCUUUAGGCAGCUUGAGAUACUGUUUGGGUUCACCUAUGGAGAAGGUCCAAGGCUGCCAGAUCAGAAGCCUGUGCUUAGAUAUGUCCACAAGGCUCUUGCAAACACCUUCUUUGCAAGGAAAGCCACUGGAACAAUCAAUGAGGGAGAAGUGAAGCUCCUUACCAUGGGAAUCAAGCCCAUCAUCUCACGCACAAGGAUGGGAAGAAGAUCAGAGGAGACAGGGCACACGCAGGGAAUCUCAUGCCUCUCCUUGAGCAGCUCCAAGCCUACAAGCAGGAGUUCAAUGGACAAGAGAAGGUCUACUCCACCAGGUUGGAUGGACAUCAAGUUUUGCAAGACCAACCUCCUCAUUGAGCACAAGGAGUUGGAUGGGAGAUUCCAAUUCAAGUUCACCCACCCCACGGCUGGACUCUCCAAGCUUCUCCUGCCCAACCCUGAGCUCACCACGGUCCUAGGAGAGAAGAGAUCGAGCUCGAUCGAGCUGAGGAUCGAGCUGAGAUCAGCUGAGGAUCGAGUUGAGGACAACGCUCGAGUGAAUGAGGAUUUGGGUGAGCCUGAGUGCUAUUACUUUGAGGAGUAUGAGGCUCCAAGGAUGAACCCCUCUGUUGUGGCUGCCCACAAGAGGAUUGGACUUCUCCAAAAGGUUCAACAAGUGGCAAGGGAAAGCCAUGAGAAGAUGCAAAAGUCCAUGGACAAGAUGGUGAGCAAGAUCAAAAGUUUGGAGAAGAAGUUUCUGGUUCUUCAAGCAAGAAGAAGUCCAAGGCUCCCACUUUCCCUAGGAGUAGAUCACUCCUCACCACCAAAGGAGGCUCCCUGCCCAAGAGCCUCACAGAGCCUCUUCUUUCGAGCCAAGGGAAGGAGAGACAACACGCAGAGAAGGAGGAAGACUUCCAAGGCCAGACGCUCCAGCUCGACCACCGGACUCGAUCGAGUCCAAACAGAGGAAACUCAACUCGAUCGAGCUGAGGGUCGAGUUGACCUGGAGGAGCCCCUGUUUGAGAUCCUGGAUUCGAAUACGAUCAACCAGUACCAGGACUUCUCCAGACCCUGGACCCCUACAACCGCUUCGAGCGAGCACAAGCUCCACCAAGGCCAAGGAAGCCACACCCACUUUGAAGAUGAAGAAGAAGAGGAGAGGAGCCACAAGCUCGAUCGAGUGAGCCGAACCCAGUUGAGUGGAGUGCUCCUGAUGGCCGUCUACCAUCUCCAGACCACGACCUAG